AUGGGGAGGAGCAGCGCAGGACCUCCUGUCAUCGUUAAACACACUUCAGCAGCCUCUGUCCUUGUUAAGAAGAAGAAGAAGAAGAAGAAGAAGAAGAAGAAGAAGAAGAAGAAGAGGAAGAGGAAGAAGAAGAAGAAGAAGAAAAAAAAAAAAACCUCUGCCCCAAACGAUCUGACGGUGCACUACGAGGGGGGAGCUGUGUCCAUCCACGCCCGCUCGCUCUGGAGACUGGAGACCCUACGAGUGGCGUGGAGCGGCAGCCACACCCGCUGGGGUCAACCCUUCCGUCUCCGUCAUGUGACCACGGGGAAGUACCUCAGUAUCAUGGAGGAUAAGGGCCUGCUGCUGAUGGACAAGGAGAAGGCAGACGUCAAGUCUACUGCUUUCUGCUUCCGCCCCUCCAAGGAAAAGCUGGACUUGGGGCCAAAGAAGGAGGUGGACGGGAUGGGUGUUCCUGACAUCAAGUAUGGGGACUCCGUGUGUUAUGUCCAACAUGUGGACACCUGUCUGUGGCUCACCUACCAGGCCAUGGACGCUAAGUGUGCACGCAUGGGCGGCGUGCAGAGGAAGGCCAUCAUGCACCACGAGGGUCACAUGGACGAUGGGUUGACCCUGUCCCGCUCGCAACACGAGGAGUCCCGUACCGCACGGGUCAUACGCAGUACCGUCUUCCUGUUCAACCGAUUCAUCAGGGGUCUGGACACCCUCAGUAAAAAAGGAAAGACCUCGACACUCGACCUGCCGAUCGAGUCGGUCAGUUUGAGUCUGCAGGAUCUGAUUGGCUACUUCCAGCCUCCUGACGAGCACCUGGAGCACGAGGACAAACAGAACCGCCUCCGAGCCCUAAAGAACCGACAGAACCUCUUCCAGGAAGAGGGGAUGAUAAACCUGGUGUUGGAGUGUAUCGAUCGUCUCCACGUGUACAGCAGCGCGGCUCAUUUUGCUGAGGUGGCGGGGAGGGAGGGCGGGGAGGCCUGGAGAUCCACGCUGAACUCAUUAUAUGAGCUCCUGGCUGCGUUAAUAAGGGGCAACAGGAAGAACUGUGCCCAGUUCUCCGGCUCGUUGGAUUGGUUGAUCAGCCGGUUGGAGAGACUGGAGGCCUCGUCUG